AUGACUGAGAAGCUGCUGAAGAAGCAGAACGCCAACCUCGCGAGCGCCAAGGCCAACCUGCAGCGCGAGCUGGACGACACCGCCGGGCAGUUGCGGCAGCUGCAGAGCAGGCUCGCGCAGAGAGAGACGGCACUGAGCGUGCUCGACCGGCACUGGGCGCAGCUGGAGCUGCGGCUGGGUGCGGCGAAGCCGCGGCUCGCCGCGGGUGGAGACGCCUCCUCCUCCGCGGCCCUCCCGAGGCAGACGCUGCUCGAGAGCCUCGACAGCGGCGCGCCCGCAGCUGACCUGGACGACGCAACGCGCCGGCGGUGCGAGCUGACGGCGGAGCUGGCCGAGGCGGCGGCUUCCGGGAGUGGCGCGGGUGACGCGGCUGCGAGCGUGCCGCCUGAGACCAGCGCGGUCGUCGCCGAGCUCGCCGUGGCCAAGGACCGAGCGCUGCUGCUGCAGCGCGAGCGCGACGACACCGCUGCGCGGCUCGCGGGCGCACACUCGGAGCUCGAGCAAAAGACCAAGUCGCUCGAGAAGCUGAACGCGGAGGUGAGUAAUCUGAAGGCCGCCGGAGGCGGCGGCGGCGCCUCCGCGGCGGCCGCCCCCGAGGCCGCCGCCGCGGCGUCGAGUAGCGACGCCGACUCGGCGACGGCGGCGGCGGUCGCCGCCGCCUCGAGCGCCGAGAUGGAGAGACUGCGCUCAGAGGCGGAGGCGGCGAACGAGGAGCGCGCCGCCUUUGAGAAGCUGGCGGAGAGCGCGCGGCGUGAGCUCAUCGGCGCGCAGCAGGACGUGCAGCGGCUGCGCGGCGACUUGGACGAGGCGAGGCGGAGGCCGCCGACCGAGGAGCAGAUGCGCGCCAUGCCUCAAUGGAGGCACAUGCUCGAGAUCGGGGAGCGCGGCAAGCAGUACAUGCAGGCGAACGAGCGGCUGCGCGCCGACAUGGCCGUCCUCCAGCAGAGGCACCUCGCGGAGCUCGCGCGGCUCGAGGAUGUCCGCAGCAGGCUUUACGAGGAGACGCGCGGCGAGGUCGAGAACCUGUCCAAGGCCCUCGCGCAGGCCACGGCCGGACGCGACGCGGCGGCGCACAAGCUGCAGCAGCAGGCGCUCACUCACCGCGGCUUCGAGGAGCGGCUCUCCGAGUCGGAGCGCCUGCUCAACCUCUGGCGACAGGAAGCGGUGCGCCUCAAGAACGAGGCCAGCCGCGAGCGAGCGCGCCUCGCCGAGCUGAGCGGCGCGCGCGACGGCGCCCUCGCCGAGAAGGAGACGCUGCGGCAGAGGGUGCAUGCGCUCGAGCUGCGCCUCUCGCAGGCGCCGGCCGCUGACCCGACGGCAGCGGAGGCCAAGCACCAGGACGCGCUGGUGCGGCUCGGCGGCGCCGAGGCGGCCGCGCUCCAGUCGAGCGAGGAGCUGUCCAAGCUGCAGACGGAGAACGACGCGCUCGUCGAGGAGCUCGACUCGAUCGCAAAGGCGUUUGACGAGUCGCAGGAGCAGAAUGCCAAGCUGCUCAAGACGGCGCAGCUCGAGGCGCUGCGCGAGCGGACCGCUGCGGCGGAGCGGCUGGUCGAGCGCGACGCGGAGCACAAGGCGGCGCUCGAGAAGGAGCUGCGGACGGCGCGGGACACGGCCUCCAAGCAGGAGGAGGCGCAGCGGCACGCGGCGGCGUCGCUCGAUCGCGCGCAGGCGCAGGCGCUCGAGGCGUCGCGCGAGGCGCAGCAGGCGAGCGCCGCGCUGCAGGCCGAGGCGGACCGUGCGCGGCGCGCGGGCGAGCGGGAGCGGCAGAGCGCGGGCGACGCCGCGGAGGCGCGAGCGCAGAAGAAGGCCAAGGAGGCGGAGCAGGUGCGGGACACGCUCGAGCGCAAGCUGAAGCGGCUCGAGCGGAGCGGCGCUGGCGCGGCGGCCGAGCCGCGCGGCGGCAGCAACGAGCAGUUGGACUACUACCGCUCGAUGGUCAAGUGCCCGCUCUGCAAGAACAGCAACAAGGACACCGUCAUCACAAAGUGCGGCCACGCGUUUUGCCGCGACUGCAUCGACUCGCGCCUCAGCUUGCGCGAGCGAAAGUGCCCGGGCUGCUCGCAAGUCUUUGACAAGUCGUACGUCAAAGACUUGUGGCUCGAGUACGGUGCCUGAUGAGGUGGCGAUCUGACGGGGCGCGCGAGGUUUCGG